AUGUUUACGUUCGCCAGGGAUAAUGCCAAUCUGCAGGAUGGAUGCGUUGCCUGUUUUGAUUUGGACCUGCUGGGCUCCCCCGUGGAUGCUGGUGAUGGCAUGCUGUUGCGGGCCCGCGUUGUCCAAACAGCCCACGUCUGGUGCACGAACAGCCAAGCUGCAAAUGUUGAGAUAGCUGUUGAUGACCGGAAGGUGUUGCUACGCCUCCGACGAUGUGAUUAUUACGCAGUGGCUCAGCAUGCUUCCAAAGUCCGUGUUGCGUGGGUUGUUGCAAGGCCCUCCCCUGGGGCAGUGAUCCUUGAUGCCACUGUUGGACACGCCUUUGUCAUUGCGAAUUGUGUGGUGCGACAGGACAGCACAGUGCAUGUUGCAGAGGUCUUUAGUGGGGGUUUCUGCGGAUGGUCCCAAGCAGCAUGGCGCAUGAGUGAGAUGGGUGUGCCCAUCCGCACGUCCUGGCUUUUGGACGAUGAUACCAAGCUCGUUGACCCAGAAAGCCUGGUGAAUGCCUGCCUUCAGGACUGCACCCGCAGUGGCCGGGCCUCAUUCCUGAAGGUCACACACGCAUGGCAGCUUGACCACCUUGAUCGGGUUGAAGUCUUGAUGGCCCGUGAGGCCCUGCGUGCCGAGAUUGACUUUGGCCUUUGCAGGUCCCCGUGUGCCAUGCAUCGCUUGCAAGUCUUUGCGCCACCCCCGGAUGACGCAGAGCCCACUCUUACAGUGUCGUUCUCCAUUCUGCUCAGAGUUGACCAAGUGCUUGAUGCUUUAGGGUUCGACGUGCAGUGCCCGGGCAUCCAGGUUGCUGAGGCCUGUUUCCCGGCCAUCCCCGUGCAGGCGUGCCGCACUGGCCGUCCCUUGUCUUGUGUCGGUGCUGUGUACCAAGUCACCCAGGGUCUUGCAUGCCUGAUGCGCGACAGCAGUGAUGUCUUUGCACAACUAAGGGCUGUUCUUCAGCCGGAGCAUCCCCAGCUGACGGGUGCACAGGUUUUUACUGACGUACAUGGCCGAAUCCUGCACAGACUUUCAGACAUGCCCACCUGCGUGUGCCUUCUCCCUGCGAGUGAGCCUUUGCUUCCUGGCUUGCCGGCGUUGUCAGGCAAUGAGGUGUGUGCGGCCCUGUUGACCAACCGCCAGGCGCCUUACCACUUUGCGAUCCCAGCUGGUGCUGCCACAGCGUGGUACGCGCGCUUCCCCACAGUCCUGCUUGAGCGCCUCGGAUGGGACAGUGAGUUUGGACCGCUCCCAAACGCCGCAGGGGAGCAGCUGCAUCUGACCAUCCGUGCCAGUAAGCGCCCCUUGCUGGUGCCUCUUGCCGGCAUGCUGGACUACCUUCGCUGCACUCUCUUCCUGGGACAGCUGCGCAUGCUCGUGCAAACAUCCACGGGAGCAACUGUGAUGACUGAACUUCAAGUCAAUGCCCACACGGUGUCAGUACUUGCCUUGCCUGCUACCAUGCCUACUGCAGCCAUUGCCCAAUGCUGGGAGAAUGCAUCGUAUUGCUUGGCCUUGGGCCCGGGGGUCCGUGUCUUCUCGGGGCCCUUCCCUCUACCAAUCGACGCCGUGCUCGGCCAUAUCUCUGGUCAGGCGUUGCACCGUGCCGGGGGUGGACCACUUGUGCUUAGCGUGAUGCCUGAGGUCCGAGGAGGAGGAGCCAAGGACGCUAACGUCCAAUUAGCUAAGACCCGCCUUGCCACGGUUUUGCUUGAUAGGGGUAUAGACCUGCACGCUGCGGCUGUCGCAGUGGAUAAGCUGAUAGGAGCCAGGGGAGCAGCUGCGUGCCUCCAACAGGUCCAGGCCACUGACUUGCACCAGCGCUGGGAGGCCUUGACAGCGUUUGCGGCAGGGGCAGGCGUUACACUCCCGGAAGGAGACAAUCGAGCCACGAAGGCGGCAGUCCGCAUCCAGCGGGCUGUCCAAAGACGCAAGCUCCACAAUCUGCCUACACCCGGUGCCAAGGACUUCUACAUAGCCCCGGACAUUUGGUGCGGUGUGGACGGCAACCCCGUCCCCAUCAUCCGAUCCAUCAGCCAAGGUGCCAGUGGGGUGAUCCUGAUGGACGCCGCACAAGCACGCAAGGAGGACCUGGCCCUGCUCCGUGAGAUGAAAGCAGAUAGCCUGUGCGUGCUGGUGCUUGGCCAUGAAUGCCCUGAGCCGGACCGCUGCGCCGGCAAAGUGAGCGUGUCUGCUACACAUGCCACCUCCCAGGAGCCUCAUUUGCUUGCCGCCUGCAUGCACAACGUGGGCACCACGGAAGUUAGGCCAAAGUACAAACAACAGGCCACUGUAACUGUAGAGGGGAUGACGUGUUGCUCCUUCAGCAUGUACAGGGAUGACUUAGCCGACGGUCAGGAUUGGCAGACCAUUGCCAAGCAACCAGUCCGGGAGGCGCAGCAAGCCUUCACAGCACCAGGGCAGGACCGCAUCCUUGUUCACCCCUGGGGCCGCUCUUUUCGUGCUGAUGGCAAGGCCUCUCUGCCGCAGGCGUCCGACUCCAUCCAGUUUCAUGCCAAGGUACCAGAUGCUCAACUCCCCGCUGUCUUGCGCAAAAGUGGCUUCAACCAUGUGUACGUGCUGCCAAAAAGCUGGGAGGACUCCAGGCCGCUCCCGGAAUGGGCCAUUGUCUGGCUGCCUGGUGGCCGGAGCGAGGCAGAGAGGCUAGCACUUUUGGUCCCCCACCAACAUGGGCUUGUGCGAGGUCGCAAUCGCUAUGGCCUGCGUGUGCCAGCUGCCGAGUUCUCGGCAACCUUCAAACAACUGCGACCUGCCGACACCGUGCCAGAAAAUAUCCAAGUCCGCCUCUUGUUUAAGGUAGGCCCGCUACCAGCCAAAGCUUCCCAGGAGGAGUUGGCUCAAUGGGCAGGCAAGCUAGGCUGGAAGGUGAAGGUGUUGAAAAUGUUGGGGCCAGCGCACUGGCUAGUUGGCUCAGCCUCCUCACCACCAACCACACUGCCUACGUUCAAUGACUGCCCAGUGCUCAUAGCGGCAGUCCCUUCACGUGCGGCUGCCAAACCAGUCGUGCAAGCUGGACGAUUGCCAGACCUGCCUGCCUCUGCUCCUGCAACAUCCUCGCAGACUUUCGCUGGCGACGCCUCACACCCAACGGACCCUUGGGGCGCUUACCUGCAGCAGCAAGGCCGCGCCAUCCGUCCGCCGCAACAGCCUACCAGCCUGAAGGCCAAUCCUGGGGAGGUUCAAUUGCAGGCGCAGGUCUCAGGUCAGGAUAAGCGCAUAGCUGCACUGGAGCUCGGCAUGGCCAGGUUGCAAUCGGCAGUCGAGACUGAGUCCAAGCACAGAGCCCAUGACCAGCAACAACACCAGGAGGACAUGACAGCUGUGCGAGGAGAACUGCAACAGCUCGGGGCUAGCCUGAGUGCGCAGUUCCAACAUAGUCUUGAGUCCCUGCAGGCAGCCCAACGCCAGCAGGAAUCCCAAAUGCAGACAGGCCUGAAUGAGCUCAAGCAGCUCAUCCUUGCCCAGAGCGAGAACAAGCGCCCGCGCACGGGCGGUGCUGGGGCCUCCCAUCCAGGUCCGGCCCAGCAACUUCUCCUCUCCACGUUCUUUCCGCAGACAACCUGCCCAACAAGGCCCACUCCUCCGCCCCGCCGCCGACCACGUCCGCCGACACCAGGCCACAUCUGCGACAUUGCUGUGCUGAAUCCCACGUCCAUUCUGCACAAAGCCGCCCUUGUAAGCCGCGUUGGUGCCCACAUCCUGUGCGUGUCGGAAACCUCCGCGGUUGCUAGAGCUCAGCAGAUUGAGGGAGUGGCCCUUCGACGCCAGGGGUACACCUCCAGAUGGGGGCACCCGGUCGCCCCCCACACCCGUGACGGUCAGGCGCACGACACGCUUCGGGGAAUGGCCAGCGGGGUUGCCAUCCUUAGCACCCUCCCAUCCAGACCGUCUGUGACACCGCUGCCCGCUGAGCCUUACCAGGCGGGCAGAUUGUGUGAAAGUUUCAUUCGGAUUGGGGCCAUGGAGGUUCGAUUCUUGGCGGUCUACGGCACGCCGGCGAAUAAUCCCAAGGCACGUGAGCUGAACCAGACCUUGCUGCAGACUGCUUUCGACCGUGCCACUGCUAAUCGUAUCCCGUGCGUGAUUGCGGGGGAUUUUAAUACUGACCCGCUUGCCCUCCCGGCCGGUGAGCUCUUCCGGGCGCGAGGGUACCGCGAGGCUUUUGAGCUGGCCUACGCCCAGACGGGACUGGAGCUACCGCCAACAUGCAAAGGUGCCACACGACAUGACACCAUGUUGCUGCACCCUGCCUUGGUGGCGCUGUGGGAUAGUGCCUCUGUCCUUGUGCACUGUCACCUGUUUGAUGCCCAUGCGCCUCUCGUUGUGCGACUACACACACCCCAGCAGCUGCCUUGCCUUCAUCGCUGGACGUUGCCAAAGCCAUGGGCCCAGUACAAUCCUGACCCUGCCCUUCUUGCCAGUCAAUGUGAGACCCGGUGUCCUGCCGUGAUCGCGCAGGCUGAGCGAUGCCAAACGGUUGAUGACGUUGACAAAUGCUUCCGGUCCUGGUCCCAGACCAUCGAGCAUGCUGUGGACGCCUGCCUUAGCCGCCAGCACAGUGAGGACCCCAUUGCGCAGCCGCAGCCCGGCCUCUUGCCAAAGGAGUGUGGACGUUGCAUGCCGCGGACCUUGACCCCGUGCCCCAUGCCACAGCUCUUCCGCCAAGCGCGGGAUGGGGAUUACCAGCCUGACCAGGAGGCCACGUCCUAUUUGAGCCAGAAGCGCGUUAAACAAGUACGUCGCGUGCAGACCCUGCUCCGCACUACCCAGGCUUUCACCCGUGGCGGUCGCUCGCCUGACCUCAGCCAGCAAACCGAGCUUGACCAGCAAUGGCGUGCCAUACUCAGAGGCAAGGGGUAUGGUAUGCCUUUCGGCCAUUGGUUACUGGGGAUUGCUAUCUUCCCGCUUGUCCCCGUUAGCCCACCAAGCCAGGAGUGGCUCACCACCUGCCUUGCAUACCUGCAGCAUGACUGCAGGGCCCUUGUGCGUCAGGAGGCUAAACGCAGGCAUGACUUGUUCAAGUACCGGCUGGAAAUGGAUAGGAAGCACGGUUCCUCCACCCAGGGGUUCGCGGCCAUGCGACCGGACCAACAUCCCCCAAUCACGUGCGUCCAAGCCCCCAUUGCCUGCAAAGCUGUCUUUCACCAGCAGAUAGGACCGCAGACGUACCGCUACAAGCUGGAUGCUGGGGUGCACCUUGAGCCUUGGCAGGAUUUUCUAGUCUACAAUCAGCGCUGCGCUGGCAGGGCCCAACAGGACGGCUUUGUCGACUUUGAGUGCGAACACAAACCCCCCUGUGAGGUCCAGGUGCAGCAGGAGAAAUUUGCUACCGCACCCCAUGAACUAACUGCGGCCUUCACUGCCUUCUGGGGGCCCCUCUGGCAGCGGGAUAGCCCUGACCAAGCUGCAUCUCUACACGAGUGGCCCGCGUUCACCAGGCUGAUUGAGCGCUUUGGGCCUGCCCUCCCUGCCAUUGACGUGCGUCUUGAUCGGGUUGAGUUGUGGCAGGAGGUCCUCCGUGACAUGCCGGCCCGUAAGGCUACCGGCGUCUGUGGCUGGGCGCCGGCUGAGCUUAAACAGCUUCCAACACCUGCCAUUGCGGCCCUUACCAAGGUGUUUGCCGCGGCCGUGCGUUGUGGCAUGCCUGCGCAUCUCAUGCAGGCUAGGGUGUGCGUCCUUGCCAAGGUCCAGGCACCCACCUCUAUGCGACAGAGCCGACCCAUACUUGUCCUGAGCACGCUCUAUAGACUGUGGUCUUCAGUCCUCACACGUCAGGUCUUGUCUGAGUACGGUCGCCGCUUCUCCAGGGCGGUUAUGGGUUCACUGCCAGGGCGCUCCGCCCCUGACCUCUACAUCUGCCAGCAACACGCCAUCGAGGUUGCCAAGAUGAGCAAUGACCCACUCCUUGGCGCCAGCAUAGACAUUGUGAAGUGUUUCAACCAACUUCCGUGGCCGCCUCUAAGAUUCCUGCUGUGUCAUACCGGCUGCCCUGCCCACCUUGUUGACUUCUGGCAGGAUUGCUUGCGCCGCCUCAGCCGCCACCCUGCCCUGGGUGGUACUUUGGGGCCUGGUGUGCACUCUUGUAAUGGUGCCCCGGAAGGUGACCCCUUCUCUGUGGCUGCCAUGGCAGCAGUUUGCCAUGCGGUUGAUUGCCUCCUCGGUGCCGUUGCCGCCCACAUCCACACAUACGUUGACAACUGGUCCUGGCAUGCCUCCACGCCGGAUGCCUUCAGUAUUGCCACACAAGAGGUCCUGGCUUUCUUGACAGCAGUGAAACUUCCUGUCGAUUGGCUCAAAUCCUACGGGUGGGCCACCAAGGGGUCCCUCCGUACCUGGCUGACUACCACAUGGCAGGCGUGUUUCCCUGAGGGUGUUGAGGUCCCUGUUGUCACCAGCGCAAAAGAACUGGGGGCCGCUUACCAGUUUGACCGCCGCAACCAUGCUCAGGUGCGACGUGACAAGAAGGAGGCUGGCAUGGCGCGUCUGCGCCGGCUUGAAAAGCAGGAGCGGCCUCUGCUGAACAAGGCCCACUUGAUCCAGACGAGCGUCUGGCCGUCUUGCAUGUUCGGCACCGAGGGCGCCUGCUUCAGCAAGAAGGACUUCGCUGACCUGCGAGGCCUGGCCGCCGCUGCACUCGUUGGGCCCUGCCGUGCGAAGUCCCCUUACCUUGCCCUGACGUGCCUUCAUGACGCACUGCAGGACCCGGAGCACUACGCGCUUGAGCAACAAGUUCAGGCCCUACGCCGGCUGAUGCAGGUUGAUACGAGUACUGCCACUUCCAUGCUUGCUGUCGCAACUGCAACAGAGCCCGCCCAGGUCUCCGUUCAAGGGCCAGCCACUGCCUUGGUCCGCGCACUUGCGGCCGUUAACCUACGCAUAGACCUUGACGGAGUCAUCAAGUGUCCGGACAACACCAGGAUACGGCUCUGGACAGCCAACCGGUAUGAGGUCCGCCAGGGACUUGCCCGUGCCUGGAACCACCACGUUGAGCACCAGGUAGCUCACCGCAAGGGUCUGCAUGCUGCCGGCACACCCAUGCCCACCGAAACUGCGGCCAUUCUUCGCCGCUUCACCGCCACGGAGGUCGCCGUUGUGUCCAAGUACAUCACCGGGGCCUUUUACUCAGGCAUGACCAAACAAAAGUGGGACCCAGCCAAUCCUGCUGCUUGCCCGCUAUGUGGUAGACCUGACCACAAAGCACAUCGGCUACUGGAGUGCACAGCCUUGAGUGAGGUACGUGAGCCCUGGCUGCCAUGGAUUCACCCGAUCCUGGAAGAGUGGCCCCACUGGACACACGGACCAUACGCCGUCCAGCCCCCUUCGGUUGAGGUUCCUAGGUUAGUCUUUGCCACCCGUAAGUUGGUUCCCCCACAAAAUGCACCUGCCCUUGCCUCCGUGCAACGCCUACCUACUUUGCGGCUCUUCACUGAUGGCUCCUGCAGGCACCCAACCACCCCUAUCGCGAGCCAUGCUGGCUAUGGGGUUGUCAUGGACACGGCCCAGGGUGAGCAUGACCAAAGACACCGCAUUGAAGCUUGGAGGGUAGGAGCACCUGUCCUUAGCCUUUUCUCGGUUGUUGAUAGGGGUUUAGUACCAGGGGUUCAGACCAUCACCCGUGCUGAGUUGUGCGCCCUCGUACAAGCGCUGCGCUUUGCCCGCGUGAGUGGCCACGCAGACGUGCACAUUUUCACUGAUAGUCAGGUUGCCCUUAGUGAGGUUCGUAGGGUUGUAGCAGGGGGUAGCCCACACUUUCCUGAGUUCGCUGAGGCCAUCCGAGAAGCAUGGUCCCUGGCUGUGACACUCCGCAAAAUUAAAGCCCACCGGGAUCUUGAUAGCUUGCAGGGUCAGGAACUGUGGGAUGCGUUGGGCAAUGCAAGCGCGGAUGCUGCAGCAAAAGCUGCAGUUCGAGCCGACAUGCAGCUUGUCAGCACCAUGGUGGACCAAGUUGCUGAGUGGGUCACCCGACAGCGUGAUGCGUUGCUCCUGUACUACCGCUUCGUGCUGGCCAUAUCUGGCGAGGACAACAGGCUACGGACGCAGGCUGGUCAGCGUGCCCAGUCACUAGAGCCGGUCCUUGACACUGAGGUCCCGACAGAGACAACGCGACAGUGGGAGGAAUGGAAGGCCCUAGGACGUGACCACAGCAUCCGUUGGGGAGUGCCGCCUUUUCAGCGUGACUGGCUCCUGUGUCAAGAAUGGCCACCGUGGUUUACAGUUCCUGUUUGGGAGUGGCUUCGAAAACUCCGUUGGGCAAAUGCCGCGCAGGGAACCCUGACCACUGGAAUCACCUACACAGAGCUGCUGGUGCAUUUUGUCUGCAGUACAGGUCAGUGUCCGCCUGUGCGGACCCAGGCCGUCGACGGUCCCAAGUACAUGGACGCCAGCACUGGGGGCAUGCUGGUGCACAACACGCCUCUGCGGGAAUGGACGUUGGCAUUGGUGACAUGCUGCCGCUGUUUGGAGCGCGUCUCCGGACAGCGCCUACUGCCACAUAAGCGCCGAAAAGUGUACUCGCUUCGCCUCGUUGGUAUCCCCCAGCCGCGUAGUGGACUGCAACAACGACCCUGCACUGACGUGGUGCCAGACAUGGCAGAGCUGCUCCGACAAGUGCUGAUGGGCCACAGUGUAGGUCCACUAGUCAGUUAUUGCAUAUCUUAUACGGGCCCCAUUUUCGUGCCCCCUAGAGACCUGAGCAAUGCUUGGAAUGAGUCGAGUUCUCAAACGAGACACGACAUGGGCAGGUGGCUCCGUAGAAUUCGAGGCUAA